AUGCUCAAUUUAUCGACAAAAUUCCAAGGAUGCACCAAGUAUACAAAGUGGAAAAAAUGGCAAUUGUUUCAUGCUACGGAUUUUCAAUCAUUGAUGUAUCCCUGCUUCACCUUCUGCAAUAUUCUUGGAAUAUUCCCAUACAAAAUCAACGGUUCGACUUUCGAAACUUCUAAACAGCAUUACGUAUUAUCAACUGUCGUCCUCUGUAUUCUCUGCAUUUACGAGUUAGAAGUGCUUUAUGAGAUUGACAUUGCUGGAACGAUCAAAUUCAGAGGAAUACCUAAGGCACUUGAGCGUAACUGUUUUUAUAUACUCGGUAACUUUAUCGCGGUCAUUACAUACAUUUUAAGCGGUCGUCGAAUGCACUUGCUCCAGACUAUAAUGAAUAUCUCCUCAAAAUUGCCUACAAAUUCAUAUCAAAAGCUGUCUAGAUUAAUCCAUGCUAAGGAUAUCUUCGGUUUCAUCUAUUUAAUCGGACUAACGAUGUUCUAUUGUUAUACGUUGGAUUCCAAUAAUUGGCACAGAGCGUUUGUACCGUAUCUUAAUCUGAUAGUGUUUCAGAUGGAUAUGCUAUAUAUGAAUUGUGUUUGUGUAUUAAAAGCUUGUUUCAAAAGAAUUGACGAUAAUCUGAUAAAUCUGCAAAAGCAUGUGAUAAACGAUAAGCCAUCUCUCCUGAAGCGAAUCUAUUACGAGUGUAGAAAUCCAUUUCUAUUAAUGGAACUCAAUGUUUUAAAGAAACAGCAUCUGGUGAUCAGCGAUACAGUGCAAAUGCUAAACGUGAUUUUUUGUCUGCAACUCCUUGCUACUACAGUUAUGACAUCUACCGAACUCACUUUCUAUCUGUAUUUUUAUAUAGUGCAUUGGAGAAGUGGCACGUUAAUGAAUCAUCUGGGCAACGAGAUUUAUGAUAUAUAUUUGUUAGUGAUUAUGACAUAUUACUCUAUAAAAAUAGGGUUGAUGGUAUGGGCCUGUGAAACCGGUAAAAACCAGGCCACGAAAAUUGGCACCACCGUUCAUGAUCUACUUAACAAUAUUUCAAAUGCGCAAAUAAAAAACGAGUUGCAUCUGUUUUCCUUGCAAAUAAUGCACCGCGGAAAUGCAUUCUCCGCGAAGGGUUUUGUUAUGGAUGCUACUCUUCUCACUGCAAUAGUGGGUAACGUAACUACAUAUGUACUAAUUUUAUUACAAUUCUUGCUUACCACACCAGUUUGCAACGGAGGGUUAGCAAGUAAUGACACAGAAAUAAUUUUCUAA